CAGGGGAGGACUGACCAUUUGGAAACUCGGGCACUGCCCGAGGGUCCAGGGUCAGUAGGGGGCCCAAUGAGAUGCCCCUGGUACCUUUUUCAUAGGCUUUUUUGAGUUUGGGCAAGGACACAGGGGCCCAUGAUCCCCUAUUGCCCGGGGGCCCCAUGAGUUGUCAGUUGCCCUGGUCCUCAGUCUUCAGUCUGGGAAUACUGAGGACAUCCAGUGCAUGCGAUCAGCGCAGGGUCAAUCAGCACUGUCCACACAGAGGU